AUUACAUCCCCGUAGACUAAUUUUUCUAGAAAGAGCUUGAAUGGUUUAUUACAACUUUACAAGUUGGGCCUGGCUUGAAUGAUUCUUAAAGAGCUCAACGACACACUAUACGUCUUCACCUAAAAGAAAAACGACACGAGAGAAAUGAGGGCAUCGAUUUCGCUAGCAGAGGAGCAGACCACCAUGCCUCCCCUGUUUCAAGAUUGAGAGCAGCAGAAUCUAAGUAAGCCCUUCUCUCCCUCUUGUAAAUCCAAGGACCAAUUUCUCGUUUUUCUGGAAAUGAUUACCUCACAGCUAAGAGGAAGAGGAAGCAAACCCAUACCCAUCACCAAAAUCGCCAAAGUCUUCCUCCAAAACCCACACAAACUCACUCCCAUAUCCCCACCAACCCAAUCCCACCAGAACCCAUGUGCCCCACUCUCCCAUACCCAAAACCCUUUAUGGGUUUCACAGAGCUGUGACUAUUCAACGCACUCCUCUAAGUUUCCCGAGUAUGAAAUGCCCUCAGUCACUUGGGGUGUGGUCCAAGGCCGCAAAGAGAAGCUUGUCUCUAGAGUCAUAAUAUGUGACUAUUUGAAGAGUAUAGGCAUAGUUCCCGAUGAAUUGGAAAACUUGGAGCUACCCUCCACUGUUGAUGUCAUGAGGGAAAGAGUUGAGUUCCUACAGAAGCUAGGAUUGUCGAUUGACGACAUUAACGAGUACCCUUUGAUGCUCGGAUGCAGUGUCAGGAAAAACAUGAUACCCGUGUUGGCUUACUUGGAGAAAAUUGGGAUUCAGAGGUCGAAGCUAGGUGAAUUUGUUAAGAAUUACCCGCAAGUGUUACAUGCUAGUGUGGUAGUUGAGCUUGUUCCGGUGAUCAAGUUCCUUCGUGGGCUCGAUGUGGAGAAGCUGGAUAUUGGCUAUGUCUUGCAGAAGUAUCCAGAGCUUCUCGGAUAUAAGCUUGAGGGGACUAUGAGUACUUCUGUUGCGUAUCUUGUUAGUAUUGGUGUUACUCCUAGGGAUAUAGGUCCCAUGGUCACCCAGUAUCCUUAUCUAUUGGGCAUGAGAGUUGGGACUGUGAUUAAGCCUUUUGUUGAUUAUUUGGUUUCCUUAGGUUUGCCGAAAAAGAUUUUGGCUAGGAUGUUGGAGAAGCGCGCAUAUUUACUUGGUUAUGAUCUUGAGGAGACUAUUAAGCCUAAUGUGGAUUGUUUGGUUGCUUUUGGGAUCAGGAGGGAAGCACUUGCUUCUAUUGUUGCUCAAUACCCCCAAAUUCUUGGUCAGCCUUUGAAAGCUAAAAUGUCUUCACAGCAGUUUUUCUUCAGUAUGAAGCUUAAAAUUGAUCCUGAAGGGUUUGCACGGGUGAUAGAGAAGAUGCCGCAGAUAGUCAGCCUUCAUCAACAUGUGAUAAUGAAGCCUGUUGAGUUCCUUCUUGGACGGGGGAUACCUUCAGAAGAUGUAGCUAAGAUGGUCGUAAGGUGUCCCCAAUUAGUGGCACUGCGUGUUGAGCUCAUGAAGAACAGUUAUUACUUUUUUAAGAGUGAAAUGGGGAGACCAGUGAAAGAGCUUGUGGAAUUUCCGGAAUACUUUACAUAUAGUUUAGAAUCCAGGAUCAAACCUAGAUACCAGAGGUUGCAAAGCAAGGGGAUUAGGUGUUCUUUGAAAUGGUUCCUCAACUGUAGCGAUCAGAGAUUUGAGGAGAGGUUGCAAGGGGAGUACAUUGAAACAGAGAUUUCCGGUCCAUCAUUUUGUAUGGGAGGGAAGUUAGAGCUACCUGGGGUUGGAAAUGAGAUGGUCUCAGAUGGGGAAGACGAGAGUGAUGAUGAAAUACUUUACAGACGCACUGUAUCCCUGUAGUAAAUUUGGUUGACAUUUGGAAGCUGAAUCAUUUGAAAUAUCUAAUUCUCUAUAUGUUAUAUCUUUUGGAAUGAAUCAAGUUUCCCCCUUUGAGUAAAUAUCUUAUAGCCUCUGGCCUUGUGUUCUGAGUCUGAUAAGUUCAUUUUUAUGAGUCGUACUUGUUGGGAAAUAGCUCUUUGAAAUAUCUAUUUGAUCUGAAUCAUAGGGUGGCAAGAUUUAAAUAUGGCUUCAUGUAAAGGAAGCAGAAGACAAUAGGGAUCUUGUUGUUGAAGCAAGGGAAUCAGCAGCAGUUCAUGAGGUUGCGAUGCUUUUGCCUCUUUCCGAACUCCUUCAGCGUAUAGCUUCCAUCAAGGCCAAUUACAGUAGUUGCUUGCAGGUUCCUCUGCUUUCUUCAUUUCCUAUUAAAUUUUCUAUACAACUAUGCUUUUCUGCUAUUAUUAAAUAUGAGCUCAACCAUAAGUUUUACUAUUAAAGUUGGAUUAUAUUUUGAGCAUUUCAGAAUCAACAUGUAUUUCCUGGUAUUUUGUUACUUCUCUAUCAGUUUUUCCUCAACUUUUCCCAAAUCCGAUUAUUUUUAUGAUGAUAUAUUAUGUACUGGGAAUUUAGCUCAUUCUUUAUAUGCAGCAUUUAUUAAUUAAAACUUAUAUUUCAAUAAAA